UUGACGGUCAAAGAUGUCCUAUAUCUCACCCCCAAAUUCUGCAAGCUGCACUCGGAGCCUCUAGUGGCAGUAGAUGGUGCGGCAUUCACCCUCCUGACCAUCCAGUGCAAUCUUUUUGUGGGCACACUGGCUCCAUUUGCCUUGAAACGCCCAGAGCUUCAGCCGAUUCUCCAGUCUGCCUUAAGAUUUGAUAUCUCGGCGCAGUUCAUGCUGACCGAAGUUAAUCAUGGAUUAGAUGCGCGUAAUAUUCAAACAACCGCGACUAUUCUGGCAGAUGGUGACAUCGAUCUUCAUACUCCAACCCCAAAUGAUGCAAAGUGA